AUGUCUGCGUUUUUCUCCUAUCGUUACAACAAAUUUUUGAUUGUCGGUGCAGUGUUGACUGUUCUGUACAUCGUGGUGUUCCUGGCUCCUUCCCAACCAAAGGAGGACUCUUUCACCAAUCUUUCCACAGAGUCGCAUCAGGUCAACACUGCGGGUGCCGUCCUGGACUCAGACGACACCACAGAACCUCUGUACCCGGAAUCGAAGCCGGUCGUCGCCCCUGCUAAACCUCUGGAACAGACUGCUGAUAGUUCCUUUGCAGAGGACAAGCCUGAAAAGGCUAGUAAGCCAGACACUGGGGCUGCUUCUGCUGUUGCCAAACCAAAAGCUGCUCCAAGCAAGGCUGCUGCUCCAUUGCACGACUCCAAAGAAGAGGCCAAGGCUGCCAAGGGCAGCUCCAAGUCGUCCUCGUGUACUGCCGAUGAGGAGUACGUGAUUAUGAUCGACGCAGGAUCUACUGGAUCUAGAAUCCACGUUUACUCGUUCGACACAUGUGUGUCGCCUCCUAAACUGCUCAAGGAAGAGUUCAAGAUGCUGAACCCAGGUCUCUCCUCUUUCGACACCGACGCCGUGGGCGCUGCCGCCUCAUUGGACGAACUGCUUGAUCUGGCCGUUGCUACCGUGCCAAAGGCUAAACAGGGCUGCACGCCUGUUGCAUUGAAGGCCACUGCCGGUCUGAGACUGCUCGGAGAAGAGAAAUCCCGGGCUAUCCUUGCGGAGGUUAGAAGCCAUCUUGAAAACGACUACCCAUUCCCAGUCGUGGAAGGAGACGGUAUCUCCAUCAUGGACGGAAGUGACGAAGGUGUUUACGCGUGGAUCACUACCAACUACCUUUUGGGUAACAUUGGAGCCAAGGAAAAGAGACCUACUGCUGCCGUGUUCGACUUGGGUGGAGGAUCUACUCAGAUCGUGUUUGAGCCUUUGGACGGCCAGAGCAUGAUCGAAGGUGAGCACAAGUACGAAGUCAGCUUUGGCGGUUCCGACUUCACCCUAUACCAAUACUCCCAUCUCGGUUUCGGACUCAUGCAAGGAAGAAGAAAGGUGAACUCUCUGGUUGUUGAGGCUGCUCUGAAGGACUCCAAAUAUAACCUGACUCCUGCUUCGGGUUCGGAUGCCACUGCCGACGUUUCUAUCCCACAUCCAUGUCUGCCACCAGGAACUACUGCUGAGGACGUCAAGGUCGAGCUUGCCGACAAGACCACCUACGUGGUGAACUUCGUUUCCAUGGCCAAGAACGAGAAUGACGAUAUGGCCAAGACUGCCUCUGUUCAAUGUAGAUCUCUGGCCGAGACUAUUUUGAACAAGGAGUUGGAGUGUGAGUCCAAGUCAUGUUCGUUCAACGGUAUCUACCAGCCAUCAUUGAGACACCAGUUCUCCCAGAGCUCUGAUAUGUUCAUCUUCUCGUACUUCUACGACAGAUUAAAGCCAAUUGGAAUGCCACUUUCUUUCACGCUGGACGAGAUGAAAGACUUGACCAAACUUGUGUGUUCUGGCUCUUCUGCAUGGAACCAAUACCUGACCCAGCCUGAGUCCAUCAAAGAGCUGACUGACGAGCCAUUGUGGUGUUUGGAUCUGUCCUUCAUGACAGCUCUGCUUCACACCGGUUACGACAUUCCUCUUGACAGAGAGCUCAGAACCGCAAAGAAGAUCAGCGACAACGAGUUGGGUUGGUGUCUGGGUGCCUCCUUACCUCUCUUGGACAAGAAUUCCGGCUGGACUUGCAAAGUCACCAAAGAUUAG